AUGAUGCCUGAUGACAAUUCGAACUCCUCCACUCAAAGUUCAAGCGCAUUGUACAAAGAUUUGAGGAAAGAAUAUGAAUCUCUUUUCACUUUAAAAGAAGAUUCUGGUUUGGAAAUUUCACCGAUAUUUAAUGUACUUCCAACAAAAAAGGACUAUCCGGACUACUACGCAGUGAUCAAAAACCCUGUAUCUUUCAAUACUUUAAAAAAACGUAUUCCGCACUACACAGAUGUGCAACAAUUUAUGAACGAUGUUGUACAGAUUCCAUGGAACGCCAAAACCUACAAUACAAGAGAUUCAGGAAUAUAUAAAUACGCGUUAGUUCUUGAGAAAUAUUUAAAAGGCACGAUUUAUCCUAAUUUGAAGGAAAAAUAUCCGAAAUUAGAGUAUCCUGAUUUAGGCCCAUUGCCCGAUGAACCAGGUUAUGAAGAGUUUCAACAGAAAUUAAGAGAAAAGGCUGAAGAAAUAGCGAGAGCCAAUGCCGCCAGAGCCGAAUCUAACUCUAUAAUUAAUUCUAACGAAGCAGCCAGAAAGUUGAGAAAGACUCGUACUGCCUCUGUUAAAAGAGAAUCCGAACCAGGGACGGAUACAAAUAAUGAUGAAGACUAUGAGGCUACAGAUAUGGAUAUCGAUAACUCCAAAGAUGCUGAUUUCCCUGAUUUGAUCAGAAAGCCAUUAAUAAACAUUAAUCCCUAUACUCGGAAACCAUUGAGAGACAACAGGUCAACCACCCCAUCUCACUCUGGCACUCCACAACCACUGGGCCCAAGGCACAGACAGGUUUCGAGAACUCAGGUAAAGCGUGGGAGACCACCAAUAAUCGACUUACCAUAUAUCCAAAGAAUGAAAAAUGUCAUGAAAGUCUUGAAAAAGGAGGUCCUUGACAGUGGAAUCGGUCUAACAGAUCUUUUUGAAAGAUUGCCCGAUAGACACAGAGAUGCCAAUUAUUAUAUUAUGAUUGCUAAUCCAAUUAGUCUCCAAGACAUAAAUAAAAAAGUUAAAACUCGUCGCUAUAAAACAUUUCAGGAGUUCCAGAAUGAUUUUAAUCUUAUGUUAACCAACUUUAGAAUUUCGCAUAGAGGCGAUCCGGAAAGCAUAAAAAUUUCAAAUAUCUUAGAGAAAACCUUUUCCAGUCUGGCAAGAUUCGAAUUAUCCAAACCGGACAGAAGUUUCAUUCCCGAGGGUGAGUUGAGAUAUCCUCUAGAUGAAGUUACUGUGAAUAAUAUAUCUUACCACGUGGGAGACUGGGCACUUCUUCGAAACCAAAAUGACCCUCAAAAACCUAUAGUCGGUCAAAUUUUCAGGUUAUGGAAAACGCCAGAUGGGAAACAAUGGUUAAAUGCCUGUUGGUAUUACAGACCCGAGCAAACUGUGCAUAGAGUGGAUAGGUUGUUCUACAAGAACGAAGUUAUGAAAACAGGCCAGUACCGUGAUCAUUUAGUAUCAAACUUAGUUGGAAAAUGCUAUGUGAUACAUUUUACAAGAUAUCAACGUGGCAAUCCCGAUAUGAACUUGGAGGGCCCGUUAUUCGUAUGUGAAUUUCGUUAUAAUGAAUCAGAUAAGAUUUUUAACAAGAUUAGAACAUGGAAGGCUUGCUUGCCAGAAGAAAUCCGUGAUUUAGACGAAGCUACCAUACCGGUAAAUGGUAGAAAGUUCUUCAAAUAUCCCUCUCCCAUUAGACAUCUACUAUCUGCGAACGCAACGCCACAUGAUCGCGUUCCGGAGCCAACAAUGGGAUCUCCUGAUGCACCACCAUUAGUUGGCGCCGUUUAUAUGAGACCUAAGAUGCAACGUGACGAUUUGGGAGAAUAUGCAACAUCCGACGACUGCCCCAGGUAUAUUAUUAGGCCCAACGAUUCUCCAGAAGAGGGUCAAGUGGAUAUAGAAACAGGAACCAUCACCACGAACACACCGACAGCAAAUGCCCUUCCGAAAACAGGCUACUCGAGUAGUAAAUUGGCCAGUUUAAGAUAUAAUAGGUCUUCUAUGUCGUUAGAUAACCAGAAUUCUGGUGGUCAACAACAAAUACCGCUAUCAAGGGUUGGUUCUCCAGGCCCGGGAGGUCCACUUACUGUGCAAGGUUUAAAACAACAUCAACUACAACGAUUACAACAGCAGCAACAUCAAUACCAGCAACAGAAAAGAUCACAAGCGUCACGUUACAAUAUUCCAACAAUUAUUGAUGAUUUAACAUCACAAGCAUCAAGGGGUAAUUUGGGAAACAUAUUGAUUGAUGCUGCCUCUUCGUUUGUCUUACCUAUUUCUAUAACAAAAAAUGUAGAUGUUUUACAGCGUACUGACCCCCACAGUCAGACAAAGAGAUCCGGAAGAGAAGAGAUGUUUCCAUGGAAAAAGACGAAGGGUGAGAUAUUAUGGUUUAGAGGACCCAGCGUUAUAGUAAAUGAACGAGUAAUAAACUCAGGUGACGCACACUUGGAUCGACCAUUAAAUAGAUGGUUCAAUACCAACAAGAGAAGAAAACUGGAAUACGAAGAAGUGGAAGACACCAUUGAAGAGGGGACUGAAAGAGAUGAAACUGAUGACGCCAUUGAGCCAGACGUUGAGAAUGAGAAAGAAUCCUUGCCAGGCCCAUUUUCUCUUGGAUUGAGACCCUCGGCAAAGUUCACGGCGCACAGACUCUCUUUAUUGCGACCACCUUCGUCAUCUCUAUGA